UGUUUUCUUGUGUGGAGUUAGUGGCUUAUCCGACGAAGCUUUAAUGGCUUUGCUUCUACUUUGUUACCUGCUUGCAAUAUCUGUGUCUGCUUAUGGAGAUGCGUAUAUCGGUGUCAACAUUGGCACAGAUGUCACUAACAUGCCAAGUCCAACAGAGAUUGUAGCCCUUCUUAAGGCUCAAAGUAUCCAACAUGUGAGACUCUAUGAUGCCGACAGAGCCAUGCUUCGUGCACUUGCCAACACAGGAAUCCGUGUGAUUGUUUCUGUUCCUAACGAUGAACUACUCGGCAUUGGUCAGUCCAAUGCCACUGCAGCAAACUGGGUUACACGCAAUGUCAUAGCUCAUGUUCCUGCUACCAACAUUACUGCCAUAGCUGUUGGAUCCGAAGUCUUAACUUCCCUCCCAAACGCUGCACCAGUCCUAGUCUCAGCUCUAAAAUUUAUUCAAGCGGCUCUUGUUGCGGCUAAUCUGGAUCAACAAAUUAAAGUAUCUACUCCACACUCUUCUUCUGUAAUCCUUGACUCAUUUCCACCUUCUCAGGCAUUUUUCAAUAGAACUUGGGAUCCUGUCAUGGUUCCCUUGCUUAAAUUUUUGCAAUCAACAGGUUCAUAUCUUAUGCUCAAUGUAUACCCUUAUUAUGAUUACAUGCAAUCCAACAGUGUAAUCCCUCUGGAUUAUGCUUUGUUCCGUCCCUUGCCUCCAAAUAAGGAAGCUAUUGAUUCCAAUACCCUUCUGCAUUAUACUAAUGUUUUUGAUGCAGUUGUUGAUGCAGCUUAUUUUUCAAUGUCAUAUUUGAAGUUUACCAAUAUCCCUAUUUUAGUCACUGAGUCAGGAUGGCCUUCCAAAGGUGACUCGACUGAGCCAGAUGCAACUCUUGAUAAUGCUAACACUUACAAUAGUAACUUGAUCAGGCAUGUUCUUAACAAUAGUGGGACUCCUAAGCAACCUGGAAUCGGAAUUAGUACGUAUAUUUAUGAGCUUUAUAAUGAAGACUUGAGAUCAGGUCCAGUGUCUGAAAAUAAUUGGGGGCUGUUUUAUGCUAAUGGGGCACCAGUGUAUACCUUUCACUUAUCUGGUUCUGGUACUGUAUUUGCAAAUGAUACAACAAACCAAACCUUUUGUGUUGCUAAGAGUAGUGCUGAUACUAAGAUGGUUCAGGCAGCACUUGAUUGGGCUUGCGGACCGGGAAAGGUGGAUUGUUCGCCUUUGCUGCAGGGUCAACCAUGUUAUGAACCAAAUAAUGUAGUUGCACAUGCUACUUAUGCUAUCAAUUCAUAUUAUCAGCAGAUGGCUAAAUCUACUGGGACCUGUGAUUUCAAAGGAGUUGCUUCUAUCACCACUACAGACCCAAGUCAUGGUUCCUGUAUAUUUCCAGGAAGUGGUGGUAAAAAUGUUACAAAUAUAAAUGGCACAGCAUUGGCUCCAUCGAUCAAUUCCACAAAUUCAGGAUGCUUGUCACAAUAUUACAGUGGUGGAUUUAUUACAAGUUAUGUGAUUCUUACUUUACUUUUGAGUGCAGUUAUCUUGUAAAACUAGAAUGACACGCUCUUCAACUACCUUUAAAAGGAUUGCAGCAUACCCAAUUUUG